AUGGUAGUAUUGGCAGCUUCUGUUUGCACUCAUGGUGGUAAACCUAUUAUUUCAAGGCAAUUUAGAGAUUUGACCAAGGAAAGAGUUAUGACAUUAUUAGCCAAUUUCCCUACUCUAUUGUCCGAAUCUAACAACUCCCAACAGACAUCAGUGGAAGAUGAGUAUGUAAGAUAUAUGUACCAACCACUAGAGGAGUUCUACGUUGUUUUGAUCACCAACAAGCACUCCAAUAUCUUGCAAGAUAUUGAUACGUUACAUUUGUUUAGCCAAUCUAUCACCUCAAUUCUGAGACAUGUAGACGAAAAGGAGAUUUAUGAAAAUUGUUUUGAGCUUUUGAGUGCAUUUGAUGAGAUUAUUUGUUUAGGCUACAAGGAAAAUCUAACAUCCAGUCAAGUCAUCAACUUCCUAGAAAUGGAUUCUCACGAGGAAAGAAUCCAAGAAAUCAUUGAAAGAAACAAAGAAUUGGAAGCAGCAGAAGCAAGUAAGAAGAAAGCAGUUGAGUUGCAAUUCAAGGAAAUGAUGAAGAAAUCUAAUCCGCAUGCACUAGACCAAUUUCAACAGCAACAAAAUUUCUAUUCUCCGCCACCUCCUCAAAACGUUUAUACCGAGCCGGAACCAGAGUUGCAACAUCAUCAUUCUACUCUUGCAAACAAUAACAAGAGAUCAGGCGGUACGCAAUUGGGCAGAAAACAGUCUGCAUUUGGCGACAAUCAACCAUUAUUAGUCAAUCCUUCAGCUUCAACAAGAAGAAUUGAGCAACCAUUAUACCAAGAACAAGACUCGAGAACGCAAUCAUCAUCUCUAACACCAGCAAACAAACAACCUCAAAUUGAAAACAACGGUAUCCUACUUACUGUGAAUGAGAAGUAUUCUGCACAGAUAUCAAGGGAAGGUACUGUUACUUCUGCAGAAGUGAAAGGUGAUUUACAGAUUAGAAUCAGUAAUCCCGAAUUGGCAAAGGCACAAAUCAAAUUAUCUCUCAAUGAUAGUAGUGAAUUUUCGACCCAAUAUAAGACGCAUCCAAAUGUCGAUAAAAAAUUAUUCAACUCUAACUCAAUCAUUGGCCUGAAAGAUCCAACAAAACCUUUCCCAUCAAAUGAUCUCAACUUGGGAGUCUUGAGAUGGAGAUCAACUUUGAAGAAGACAGAUUCUGAAGAUGCAUCUGGAUUAUUACCAAUAAUAUUGACUACAUGGGUAAAUAACAAUAAUGAUGGUACCAUUGGUUUGACAUUUGAAUAUGAAGUUAAUACAGCUAAAAAUGUUGAUGAGGUCAUUAUUAUUAUACCUAUUGUAAACGCAUCUCUUGAAUCUAGUGAAAAUGAUAACGCAUCUUUACAAUUUACAGAUGAUGGUGUGUAUAUUAAGCUUACGAACCUACUAGAAACUCAAUCAGGGUCUUUUGAAAUAUUAUGUAAAAAUACCGACGAUGAGGAGGCACUAUUCCCAAUGGAAGUUUCAUUUUCAGAAUUGAAAGAGAUCGAUUCUCUAAAGCAAGGUUCAGGACUCGUUGUCGAAUCCGUUAUAAGCACUGACUCUCAAGACGCAUUGCCAUACGAUAUUUAUAUCAAUGCAUCGAAUGAGAGCUAUUAUAUUGUUUAA